AGCUCCAUAAGAAGAUCCAGCCCUGAUACAAGCUGUGAGUGUCAAAUCCUUUCCCCGUGACGUCCCAUAGGCUGCAGGACGCUUAUGGGACAGCCUGUGUGUGCUGAUGAUGGAGAUGUGAAGCUUUGGCUCAGAGCGGAUCUCACUGUGCGUCCAGCGCCUCCUUGGACACAUUUGGACACUGCGCGGUGCCAAAUGGGACCCUCACCUCACCCUCUGCGUUUGGGAGCGACCCGGGGCUCGUGCGUCUUCUCCACCUCGCGCCCAUGAACUUUUCGGUCGUGCGCGCGCCGCUGCACCCUCCUCCUCGCGGACCAUGAAGACGAGUCGCCGGUGCAGGACCCUGCUGUCGGUCAGCCUCAACUUCUUCGCCCUCUUCUUCUCCAUCACCGCCUUCAUCACCACCUACUGGUGUGUGGGCACGCAGAGGGUCCCCAAGCCCAAGUGCAGCAAGCUGCGCACGCACCAGUGCAUCGACUACGGCGUGAACGAGACGGACCCUAACAAAGUGGUGUACAGCUGGGAGACCGGGGACGACCGCUUCCUCUUCCGCCAGUUCCACACCGGCAUCUGGUUCUCCUGCGAGGAGAACAUCCACGAUGAGAGUGAGAGAUGCCGCAGUUUCAUUGAUUUGGCUCCUGCAUCAGAGAAAGGGAUGCUGUGGCUGUCACUGGUUUCUGAGAUGCUGUACAUUGUUCUGCUGGUGGUGGGCUUCAGCCUCAUGUGUUUAGAGCUGGUCCACUCCAGCAACGUCAUCGAUGGACUCAAGCUCAAUGCCUUCGCUGCCGUGUUCACUGUCCUCUCAGGGCUUCUUGGUAUGGUGGCUCAUGUGAUGUACACACAGGUCUUUCAGGUCACCGUCAGCCUCGGUCCACCGGACUGGAGGCCCUACAACUGGGACUACGGCUGGUCCUUCUGCAUGGCCUGGGCGUCCUUCACCUGCUGUAUGGGUGCGUCAGUCACCACCCUCAACUCGUACACGAAGACCGUCAUAGAGUUCAGGCACAAACGUAAGACCUUUGAGCAAAGCAUUCGGGAGGAGCACGCAAGGGAGGCUUUCGGAUAUUUCCAAGAACGCUCUGUGCACUCCAUCUCCAAAUCCGUGGAGGUUUAUUCGAGCCAGAGCCUGAAAAGUGGCAGGAAAACUCCCAUACCCGCUGACUCUCUGGACCUGAGUGACAUUGCAGCAUCUUUAGGGGAAGAACAGUGCUGAGUGUGACGGGACAGUAUAGGUGGCAGCUUGAUGGAUUGGAGGCGUUGUUGUCCCACUCUGCUUUGUGUUCAGUCUGGGAUGAAGGCCUCACGGGAUCAUCAGCUCUAUCUGAUGCAUUUUAACACUGCCUUAAUGAAACGGGUCGCAGGGAUUCAAGUCACACAAGGUCAUUCAGCUGAGAACUGGCAACAUGAACAUGAACUGAUAUCAUGGAUGAAGGUGUUUUCUCUGUUUGUGUAACUUACCGCAGUGUAAAUUUAAAGUAUAACCCAAUCAUUAUCGUGAGGGUCUGUCGGAUGCUAAUCGCCUUAUUUAACGUGUUUCAGUCGAUCAAUAAAUCAAUGCAAAUGAUUGUCUAAUCACAAAGACUUGGUGUAACUGGUGUUUAUUAAAUGUGAAAUAAAGCCACAAAUACCUACUGCAAA